AUGGCAAAUGCCAUGGAGGUUGACGAUGGUGACGUUGAUGAUGACGACUGGGACCCUCACGUAGCUCCCGGUAUUGUUCUCCGUCCACACAUCGUCCAGUGGAAUGUCGCACUAGGAACAGAAAAGGUCGACAACCUGGAUGUAGAUCCGCUGCACGAUCCGGAAGCGGACGAUCAAGACGAGAAGUGGGUUGCAGAUCAGUUGCUGCAGCCCGACACACGAAAUGUGAAGGGCACAGACGCCGUCCUGAACUGCCCGGGCUGCUUCACGCCUGUUUGCUACCAGUGCCAGCGCCAUGAGCAGUUCACUCGCCAGUGGCGGGCCUCCGAAGUGCGAAACUGCAAAGUGGACAAAUCCGUUGCGCUCUCCAUGGCAAAGGACGACCCUGCAAAAUACUUCGCUCUUCGCUGUGAGACCUGCAACGCCGAUGUUGGGCUCCAGGACAUGGAAGGGAUCUUUCACCUCUUUCAUGUCUUAGAAAGCCUUGCUUAA